GGCUGCUUGUCAGAAUCUACUUAACUACAGUGGGGUUGGUUUUGGUUUGAUCUGGUUCCUCGUUGCUGGUCUGGUUCCUGGUUGCUGGUUGGCUUCCUGGUUGCUGGUCUACUUCCUGGUUGCUGGUCUACUUCCUGGUUGCUGGUCUAUUUCCUGGUUGCUGGUCUACUUCCUGGUUGCUGGUGCUAGGACAGGUUGUCCAGGAAAAUACGCCAGGGCACCUGACCGGUCCUACUUCCAGCCCAGGGGACUUGGCAAUUGCUGAAGCCAUCCUGGAACCAGUGCAGAGCAGGGAGUUGAGAGGAGAUCAUGGACAUUGAAGCAUAUUUUGAACGUAUUGGGUAUACAGACUCUAGGAAGACAUUGGACUUGGAAACAUUAACUGACAUCCUUCAACACCAGAUCCGAGCCAUUCCCUUUGAGAACCUCAACAUCCAUUGUGAAGAAGAAAUGAAGUUGGACUUAAAGACCAUUUUUGAACAAAUUGUGAGGGGGAAGCGAGGUGGGUGGUGUCUCCAGGUCAAUUAUCUCCUGUACUGGGCUCUGACUACAAUGGGUUUUGAGACCACAAUGUUGGGAGGUUAUGUCUACAGCACUCCAGAUGACAGAUAUAGUAAUAACAUGAUUCAUCUCCUGUUGCAAGUGACCAUAGAUGGCACAAACUACAUAGCAGAUGCUGGCUUUGGAUGUUCCUACCAGAUGUGGCAGCCUCUGGAGCUAAUUCCUGGGAAGGAUCAACCUCAGAUACCCUGCAUCUUCCGCUUGAGGGAAGAGGGAGGAAUCUGGUACCUAGACCAAAUCAGAAGAGAGCAGUGCAUUCCAAAUGAAGAAUUUCUUAAUUCUGAUCUCCUGGAAAAGAAUAAAUAUCGAAAAAUCUACUCUUUUACUCUUGAGCCUCGAACAAUUGAAGAUUUUGCCUCCGUGAACACGUUCCUUCAGACAUCUCCAGCGUCUGUGUUUACAAGCAAAUCUUUUUGUUCCUUGCAGACACAAGAAGGGGUUCACUGUUUAGUGGGCCUCACCCUCACCUCUCGAAGGUUCAAUUAUAAGGACAAUAUGGAUCUGGUAGAGUUUAAGACCCUAAAAGAGGACGAAGUAAAAGAAGUGCUGAAGAAUCUGUUCAGUAUUUCCUUACAGAAAAAACUUGUGCCCAAACUUGGUGACCGAUUUUUUACUAUUUAGAGGAAGAAGUAAAAAACGGUCAUCAGUAUUACUUCAAGUAUUGAAAGUUUUUAUUUUUGAAAAUUUCAAACAUAUACAAAAGUAAAAAGAAUAUAACACUAAGCUUGUCUCGUGUAUUAAUCACCCAGCUCAUCAACUUUCAACUAAUGGCCUAUUGCAUUUCUUCUAUAUCCCCAAAUUAUUGUGAAAAAAAUUCUAGACAUUAAAUCAUCUUUUCACCUAUAAAAAUUUAAGUACAUAUCAUUAAAUUAUAAUUUUUUAAUAAAACAUAACCAUACACCUUUUCAAAA